AUGUUUUUAGGUACGCCUUCCUUGGAGAAAGUUAUUAUUGUUCCAACCAAAAAAGAAACUUUGUCUAAAGAUUUAUCUAACAUUCGAAAUAGUUGUUUCUUGGAAGACUUUUUGAAUGAAGGCAGGUUACCAGAUGGGUCAGUUCCUGACAUAGUGUUCGAACAACUACCACCCACUCACCCAGUGUCUAUCUCGUUCUCAUCAGGAACGACUGGACUACCAAAAGGACCAGUCCACUCUGCUAGUACACUUUUAUCUUGGAUUGUUGAUAUUGGAUUCCACUGGAAUUUGAAAUGCGGGGACACGCUUUUCAGCUCAUACUCUAUGGGAUGGACUUUGUGGAAUUCUUUUGUGCCCUGCCUAGCGUUGGGCGUGAAACUAUUCCUCUAUAGUGGAUGUCCGUUCUACGCAGAUAUCAAGCCUAACAUAUGGGACAUCAUUGAAGAGCACAAAGUUAACUAUAGUUUCUUAGUAACAAGCAUUGUAGACCGAAUGGAGAAAUUUGAUCUAAAGCCAAAUUCCGAUGCAAAAUUUGAGCAUUUGAAAAUGAUAGCAAUGGGAGGAAGUCCAGUAAAACCUGAAAACUUUGAAUACAUCCGACGCAUUGUGGGAAAAAAUACUUUCAUUGGUAGUAUGUAUGGAGCUACGGAAACGAGUGGUACAUUUUCAGGAUUUUCUCUUAACUUGCCGACGUAUCCAGGAGAAGUUCAAGUUCCAGCAUUAGGAAAAGAUAUACAAUGCUUCAACGAAGAAGGAGAACCUGUGAUUGGUCAAAGAGGAGAGAUGGUUGUAAGGUCACCUAAUCCAUCAUUUCCAGCUUAUCUCUGGAAAGAUGAUGAUAAGAAAGUAUUGAACUCUAACUACUUUUCAAAAUAUCCUGGUGUCUGGUGUCAAAAUGACGUAUGUUUAGUUAAUCCUGUUACUAAGGGAAUCGUUGUGAUUGGCAGAAGUGAUGAUACAAUUACUCAAUAUGGUGAUCGCUUUGGAUCUGGAGACAUUUAUUUCGCUAUUCAUGAUAUGGAGGAGAUUCAAGAUUAUAUUUGUGUGGGCCAAACUAGAUAUGACGGAGAAAUGCGGGCUGUUCUCUUCAUUAAAAUGAAACAGGGUUAUAAGUUCGAUUCAGAUAUGAAAGAAAAAAUAACUCAACGUAUAACGAAAGAGUUAUGGAUGGAUUGUGUUCCGGAUGUUAUUUUGGAAAUUCAGGAUAUUCCG